AUGGCAGACCACAUUACUAAGGUACUUUUCACAGUACUGGAGGUCUUAAUUGCUGUCGCUUGUUGUCUUGGUAACCUGCUGGUGAUCUGGGCAGUGUGGAAAUGUGGAGCCAUGCGGCGACAGGCCACCUUCUGCCUCAUCAUCUCUCUUGCCGUAGCCGACUUCCUAGUUGGGGCUGUGGUGGUGCCACUGCGGGUUGUAACAGAUAACCGUGUCCAGAUGCCUUUCUACAGCUGCCUCUCAUUGACCUGUAUGGUGAUGUUUUUGACUCGGGUGCCUGUGUUCUGCCAGCUGGCACUGACUGUUGAUCGUUUUCUGCGUGUCAUCAUCCCCCUCAGGUACAAGACCACAGUGACCGUUCAGCGCUCCUGGUGGGUGGUGGCUGCAUGCUGGCUCACAGCUGCUACAGUUGGCUUCACUCCCUUCAUGGGCUGGAACAACCUAUCCAGCAAGUCUCAGAACAUGACUCACUGCCAGUUCCUGAGCGUCAUGUCUUUGUCCUACAUGGUCUAUAUCUACUUUUAUACCUGCUUCCUCAUCCCCAUGUUGGUCAUGACUACACUCUAUGGUUGUAUUUUCACCAUCAUCCACCGCCAGCUGAGAAAAACCAGCACUGGAGUGUCCAGCUCCUACUACUACAAGGAGCGUAACCUGACCAGGUCCCUUGUUCUGGUCCUCGUGUUGUUUGCCGUCUGUUGGCUCCCUAUCCAUUUAAUGGACAUGGCUGAUUUCCAUGGGUUGGCAGUUCCCAUUGAGGCAUUCUAUGUGGGAAUCCUACUCUCUCAGGCAAACUCAGCCAUUAACCCAAUCAUAUACGCCCUCAAGAUCCAGCAUAUACGGGCUCCUUUGAAGACAAUAUGGAGGAAGGUCUUUCUGUGCAAAGAGGAAGUGGAGGCACCAAGGAGCAGCCAGAUUGAUCAGCCAGACAUCAGGACAUAACAGAAGCAACCCCAAGGAUACUACAUGUGACAAGGAGGGGGAAACUGCUGAAUCAAUAGAGCAAGGGUAAUCAUCAAUUCAACCCUCUGGUCUGGGGCCACAGUCUGGCAC